AUGAAGACAAAGUGUGACGAAUGCGGUAGCACAACUAUUACAGGAAUAUUCAGCCGUGGAUUUGAGAUCUUUAAUGAAACCAGCGAUAUUAAAUUUAAAAUCGUUGAUAGUUGCAAUCGCACACUCUACGAUCUCACGGACGGAUUGAAUGUUGAGUUUAAUUGCGAUAGUAGUACCGAUCCUUUUAGACACACGUUUUAUGAAAUCAAUUUGGAUUGUUUUGAGGAUGGUAUCAUUUUCCCGCCAGUUGGAAAACAUAGCAAGCAUCAACAAGGUGGAGAUCAAAAUAAGCCCAAUGUGGAAGUUUCUAAAGAUGAAAAAAAACUUGAAAUAGAGAAUAUAAAUGAGAUUGUUAAAAAUCAAUGGAAAUAA